AUGAAAAUACGAGCGGAACUGGAAAGACAACUUUCAAUGAACGAUGAACGAGUCUUGAAAGCGAGGAAAAUAGAACACAGGAAAAAUCUCACCGCCAGGCUCGACGUCUCGUGCUAUCUGGUGCUCAUAAUACUGUACCUUGCCGACGAAAAUCUCAUACUACUCUUGUUGCGAGGAUUCCAGCAGUUCAUGCUUGGCCACCCGCCAAACAGCAUAGAGGCGUCAGCAGUGCUCACGCCAGCGGUCCAACGGAUACUGGCACAGAAAGUGCUGUCAUUGGGCCUGGCGUUCAAUGUGUUGGGCCUGGUAGUCCACAUUGCAUUUUCCGCGCGCGGAGGUUUGGGCCAAGGCAUAUCGUACGGUGCAUACAUCAUAAACAUCAUGGGGGAGAACAGGUUCGAAGGAUGGUUUUACAAAUUGCUCUACCUGCUGCUGUGGGACUUUGUGCUGGUGGCAUUGCAAUUCUCGCUCUACAGCAUGAACUUUGUCAAGCAAGACAUGGACAAUGCAGAGGACAGCGACGUCGUCGCGUCGAUCGACGUCGUCAGGAUAGUCCAGUACGUGAACCUUAUAGAACGCGCGCAAGCACCAACGCCGUCAUUGAGCGAGAUGAUGCCGCGGUUGGGGGUCUGA